AUAUUUUUACUAAAAUAUAAUAAUAUUAAAUGCUUAAGCCGCAAAAAAAACAGAAAUCAGUGGAGAUAAUCUUCCCCACAUCUAUCAGAUCUUGAGGGAGUGGAGGCAGUGGUAGGAUCUAUUUCACAAAAAGGGCUUUUGAUUCUUUGGGGUUUUAUAAGGUUUCACAAAAUGGCAACUCCUUGUCCCCUUCCAGUCACUGCUGCACAGGUUGGAACAUAUUUUGUGGAGCGAUAUUAUCAGGUUAUUAUACAGCAGCCACAUUCAGUGCACCAGUUUUACAGUGAUGCCAGUACCAUGGUUCGUGUUGAUGGCAGUCACAGAGAAACUGCUGCUGCAAUGCUGCAAAUUCAUGCCCUUGUUAUGUCGCUCAACUUUACCCGGAUUGAGAUCAAGACAGCUUGUUCUCUUGAAUCUUGGAAUGCAGGUGUUCUAGUGAUGGUUUCUGGUUCUGUGCUAGUAAAAGAUUUCUGUUCCAGGAGGGAAUUUGUGCAAACCUUUUUUCUUGCACCGCAAGAGAAAGGCUUUUUUGUUCUAAAUGACAUCUUUCACUUUGCUGAGGAGCAACAAAUUCAGCACCAUCCUGCAGUCCUAUUAUCACAGCACAAUCUUGAUCAUAAACUCAAUGCUUCAGCAACAAUUCCUGAACCAGUGCCAGGCUAUUUACUAGGUGGAGAUAUCCAACGACGGAAGUUUGUGGCUCCUGUUGAUGUUAAAGAAAAUGGUCCAGUUGACAAUUAUACUCUUUUGGAACAACUUCAGCAAGCUCCGGAAUCUGAAAGUCUUGUGGACAAGAGUUCUGUGCGAGAGUGCAAUGGUUCACUUCUGCAUACUGUGAAUACUGUCCAAGAGCAUGUGCCUCCAGUCGAGGAACCCUUUGGGGAACCCCAAAAGCACACCUAUGCUUCUGUUUUACGGGUUGCUAAAGGAAAAUCGGCACCAUCAGUUGCUCCUCAAGUUUCUGUUAGCAAGAACCUGCCCCCUGCUUCUGACUGGGACCAUGCUCCCCAGCACACUGCUCAGCAGCCUGUUCUCUCCUCAAAUGUUGUCGAGAUGUCUGGGGUUGAUAUGGUUGAUGAAAUUUCACCCAUAGAGUAUGAAGGUGAAAUAAAAUCUGUUUAUGUAAGGAACUUGCUCUCUACUGUUUCUGAGUCUGAAAUUGAGGAGGAAUUCAAGAAAUUUGGUGAGAUUAGUCCUGAUGAAGUGGUGAUUCGUAGUCGCAAGGAUGUUGGUGUUUGUUAUGCAUUUGUGGAAUUCGAAGAUAUGUCAAGUGUCUGUAAUGCGGUCAUGGCUGGAACCGCACAGGUUGCUGGACGACAAGUGUACAUUGAAGAGCGGAGACCAAAUAGUUAUAUCCCUUCUCGAGGAGGAAGGAUGGGUAGAGGCCGAGGCAGCUAUCCAACAGAAGCUCCAAGGGGGAGUUUUGGCACUCGAAGUUAUGGCAGGGGAUGUGCCUACAAUGGAAGUGAAUGAGACCACAGUAGAUCGAGAGGAAACGGUUUUUACCGCCAAACAUCUCAACAAGAUCGAGGCUUAUCUGGCCAGCAAGUAUAUAAAAUUGGACAAAGUUCAUAGAGCCGGCAUUUUUUUUAUCUUCUAUGAAGGGAUCAAAUUAUUGGUUUCAACCACCACAAUUCAGCAUAUUUAUUUAUGGUUAGAUUCAACAACAAUAUAUCAGGGUUUUUUUUUUUUUCAUUAGCUAGUUUUACUAUGCAUAGGAUUUACAUUUUUUGGAAAGGGCUUCCAUUAUUAUAUACUUAAUUUGUUCUUUCAAUAUUUAAUGGGCAAUAUGUUUGCAGUUUUGGGUUCCUUGCGUUUUCUUUUA